UUUCACUUUAUAAAUACAGAGCCAGAGCAAGAGCCAGAAGAACUCUGCGACUUGCAGUUUGGUUUGUUGGUUGGUUUGGGGCUUCCAUUUACACCUCAGUCCCAUCAUAAUUAAAUGGCUUCUUCCUCCGUUUUCUCCUCCGCACUCCUCAUCAUCUUCCUCCUCUUCACCUCUCUUCUCCUCUGCAAUGCAUUCCCCGCCGCCCCCCACCGCCGCCACGUCCGCUUCGCCACCCACAACUACCGAGACGCUCUCACCAAAUCCAUCCUCUUCUACGAAGGCCAGCGCUCCGGGAAGCUCCCGUCCAACCAGAGAAUCAAUUGGAGAAGAGACUCUGGCCUCUCCGAUGGCUCUGCAAUGCAUGUUGAUUUGGUGGGUGGGUACUACGACGCCGGUGACAAUGUCAAGUUCGGUUUCCCCAUGGCCUUCACCACCACAAUGCUCUCAUGGAGCGUGGUUGAGUUCGGCGGGUUGAUGAAAGGAGAGCUCCAGAACGCCAGAGAAGCCAUCCGCUGGGCCACCGAUUACCUUCUCAAAGCCACUGCCCAACCAGACACCAUUUAUGUGCAGGUGGGUGAUGCAACCAAGGAUCAUGCUUGCUGGGAGAGGCCUGAAGACAUGGAUACCCCCAGAAGUGUGUUCAAGAUAGACAGAAACAACCCUGGCUCAGAGGUAGCAGCUGAAACCGCUGCUGCUUUUGCAGCGGCUUCUCUGGUAUUCAGGAGAGUUGACCCCACUUAUGCCAAGCUUCUUCUCAGGAGGGCUAUCAGGGUGUUUGAGUUUGCCGACAAGUACAGAGGCUCCUACAGCAAUUGCUUGAGAAGAGUUGUGUGCCCUUACUACUGCUCUGUCUCUGGUUAUCAGGAUGAGCUGCUGUGGGGAGCUGCUUGGUUGCAUAGGGCCACCAGGAACCCAACUUAUCUCCGCUACAUUCAAGUAAAUGGGCAAACUCUGGGAGCUGAUGAGACUGAUAACACAUUUGGGUGGGACAACAAGCAUGCCGGAGCCAGGAUUCUUCUCUCGAAGGCAUUUCUCGUCCAAAAGGUUCCGUCGCUCCAUGAUUACAAGGGUCAUGCAGAUAACUACAUCUGUUCCCUCAUCCCAGGGGCUCCCUUCUCCAGUGCUCAGUACACCCCAGGUGGGCUUCUGUUCAAGAUGAACGACAGUAAUUCCCAGUAUGUGACCUCCACUUCAUUCCUCCUCUUAACCUAUGCGAAAUACUUAUCAUCAGCCCACAAGGUUGUCAACUGUGCUGGAUCAGUGGUCACCCCCAGUAGGCUCCGAGUCAUUGCCAAGAAACAGGUGGACUACUUGCUGGGAGACAACCCGUUGAAGAUGUCAUUCAUGGUGGGGUACGGUCCCCGGUACCCCCAGAGGAUCCACCACAGAGGAUCAUCUCUGCCGUCCAUCUCGGCCCACCCGGCUAAGAUCCAAUGCAAGUCCGGGUUCAGCGUGAUGAAAUCCCCGUCCCCGAACCCGAACAUCCUGGUGGGGGCCGUGGUGGGUGGGGCAGAUCAACGAGACUCCUUCCCAGAUCAACGGUCGGAUUACGAGCAGUCAGAGCCCGCGACGUACAUUAACGCACCCCUUGUGGGAGCACUGGCUUAUCUUGCUCACUCAUUUGGGCAGCUAUAAGAGCUAGUCUUAACUUAUUAGGCGCCAGCAGCAGCACUUUUUUUAUUUUAAUUUUUUAAUGAUUUCGUUUUAUCAUUACUUUCUAGAGAGAGAGGGUUCAAAUCAAAUGUGAUAAUGAAUUGGGUCUCUCGGCGGUGUGGUGUUGCACUCGAGACGAGUGGGGGCUUGAGCCUCAAACCUUGUGUGGGGGGACGUAGUUUAAAUCAAGGUGUAAACGGGCUUGCCGUGCUCCAAACGGCGUUACAAAUGUUAAAGCUUUUUCGUGUUUGGCGUUACAUACUUUAUAAUAGGCUGCUUUGUU